AUGAGCACCGGCGAGGAGACCUUCGCGGUGGACGGUAAGGGGCCGAUCAAUGAACCCUUCCAGAAUGACCUCGAGAAACCUCUCUCGGCCAAAGACCUCGAGCCCUUUGGCAAUGAGGAAACUGCCGAGGUCAAGUAUCGUACAAUGAAGUGGUGGCAUUGCGGAAUGCUCAUGAUUGCCGAGAACGUUUCCGUUGGUAUUCUGUCUCUGCCAUCUGCUGUGGCUACACUGGGAAUGGCCCCUGCCGCCAUCAUGAUCAUUUUUAUCUCUGCUCUUUCAUGGUACACCGGCUACGAAAUUGGCCAGUUCAAGUUGCGCCACCCCCAUGUCCACAGCAUGGGUGAUGCCGGUGAGCUUCUCAUGGGUCGUCUGGGCCGUGAAAUUCUGGGCAUUGGCCAGCUGUUGCUGCUCAUUUUCCUCAUGGCUAGCAACAUCCUGACUUUCAACAUCUUGAUGAAUGUCCUGACAAACCACGGAACCUGUACUUUGGUCUUUGGUGUUGUCGGAUUGGUCAUUUGCUUCCUCGGCGCCCUGCCUCGCACCAUGGACAAGGUCUACUGGAUGUCUGUUGCUUCGUUCAUGAGUGUUCUGAUUGCAACCAUCAUCACCAUGGUCUCUGCUGGUGUCGAAACCAAACAACACGUCGUCAAUGAAGCGAUCAGGGAGGUCAGCUUUCGUGAAGGCUUCCUGGCUGUUACCAACAUAAUUUUCGCCUACCUUGCUCACAUCGCUUAUUUUGGCUUCAUGUCUGAAAUGGAGGACCCUCGCACCUUCAACAAGUCUCUCGCCAUGCUCCAAAUUGUCGACACUGUCUUGUACCUAGUCAGCGCGCUGAUUAUCUACCACUACGUUGGCCCCAAUGUCAAGUCGCCUGCCAUCUCGUCUCUGAGUCCCAUCAUGAGCAAGAUUGCUUGGGGUCUCGCGAUUCCGACGACCAUUCUGUCCGGUGUCGUUCUGGGCCAUGUCGCUUGCAAGUAUAUCUACGUGCGCCUGUUCCGUGGAUCCGACAAUAUGCACAACCGAAGCCUUCUCUCCAUCGGAUCAUGGGUUGCCAUCUGUAUUGGUGUCUGGAUCGUGUCUUGGGUUGUGGCCGAGUCGAUUCCUGUCUUUAAUGACUUGCUGAGUCUCAUUAGUGCCCUUUUCGGAAGCUGGUUCAGCUUUGGACUUCCUGCUAUCUUCUGGUUCUACAUGAACCGUGGCCAAUACUUCAAUAACAUCAAGAAGGCGAUUCUGACCAUCAUCAACAUUGGUGUGCUUGCCAUUGCAAUUGCCAUGUGCGGCUUGGGUCUUUACGUGUCGGGUGUCGCCAUCCACAAUGACUCAAGCACCAGCAGCUGGUCCUGUGCUAACAGUGCGUAA